AUGUCUUGCAGCUCAGUCUGCACCUCCGAGAGCGCCUGCUCAAACUGCUCCACCUGCUCCUCCUCCAUCCGCACAAUCCCCUCCACUUCAAAAGACACCCGCACCCUCCCUGAAAUCGAAGCCUACAUCCUCUUCCGCACCCGCAGGCUCAUGUACGAAUACAACGCCACGCUCCAGCGCGAGCUAGAGAACAGCAACCAGAGCACCUCUAGCCUUGUCGAGGAGGACAAGGAGCAGGCGAAGAAGGAUGAGCUGCAGGCUGUACAGGGGAAAUUGGAGGAUGCGUUGAAUGUGGUUACGGCCACGGAGAGGCUGUUGCGGGAGUUGAAGUGGUGGGAUGAGAAGGUCGAGGGGGAUGUGAAGUGGGAGAAGGAGGAAGUGAAGGAAGCGCAGGAGAAAAAAGAGGUCGAGAAAACGGUAAAGAAGAAGGUUUUGGUGAAGGGCCAGAAGGGGAAAGAAAAAGAGGUAGAGAAGAGGGUGGAGAAGAAGAUCGUGAUGAUAGCCGACAAUGAAAAAGAGGUGGAGAGGAAAGUCGUGAAGAUGGUCCUAAUCAAGGGCAAAAAGGGGAAAGGAGAGGAGGUAGAGAAAAAGCCUGAGAAAAAGCCGGUCUCGAGCAGUGACUGUAAGGGCAAAGGAAAGCAGCCCGAGGAAGAGGUGGUAAAAAGAGUUCAAAAGAAGGCCCUGAAGAAAGAGAACUACAAGGGCAAAGGAAAGGCGAUCGAGGAAGAGGAAGAAAUCAAGGUCGAAAAAAACGUCAGGAAGGGGAAGGCAACGGCGACCAGCUUACAGGGGGCUCAAAUGGAGUGGGGCCACUACGAGUGGGACUGGAAGGGCUUUGAGGAGUCGAAGUUCUAG